GGCGGCCAUAUUGAAAAUGUGAUACUGUGGUUUUUGCGUUGUUAGGUAUACUUUACAGGAGAUGAACGCUCCUGCAGUGGGACAGUCUCCUGUGAUGUUUCCAAACCUGGAAGCUGGUGGGAGUGGGAAAGCAUCAGCGCUGCUGGCAGUGCCAGUGGGGCUUAGCAGCUCAGACAUGGAGCUCCAGAAGCUGCUCAUCGAUGAGAGGAUGCGCGGCGAGAAUCACAAAACCAACUACCAGACCCUGAAAGCUGAGCACACGAGACUGCAGGAUGAAUACACACGGGCACAGAGUGAGUGUAAACGCCUGCUGAAUGAGAAGCAGGCAGGCCAGGAAAAGCUGCAGCUGCUUCUGGCAGAUCUGAGAGGACAGCUACUGGACAAAACCCGUGAGCUGGAGGAGCUCAGACUGCAGGCGGUGACCCCUCAGCGGCUGGAGCUACUGAAAGCCCAGGUUCAGCAGGAGAUGGAGGCUCCUAUCAGAGAGCGCUUCAGUAAGCUAGAGGAGGAAGCAGAGAAGUACAGAUCUGAAUACAACAAGUUGCGUUAUGACAUCACUUUCCUCAAGUCAGAGUUUGAUCACCAGCGAGAGGAACACGAGCGCAUUCUAGAGGAGAGAAGGAUGCGAUACAGUGCUGAACUGUCACAUCUGGAGAGGGAGAAGGAGACCCUAACUGCACAGCUGCAGAGUGGCGACCCAGCACGGGACGGGAGGCGAGUGGAAGCCCUGUUAAGGGAGAAAGCCCAGCUGCACCAACGGCUGCGUGGCUUGGAGGCCGAGGUGGCCGAGCUCCGUGCCGAAAGGGACAACUCUGGGGCGCAGGCCGAAAAUGUGCAGCGCAUUCAGAUCCGCCAGCUAGCAGAGUCCCAGGCUGCAGUCAAGGCCCUGGAGUCAGAGAAGCAAUCCUUGCGCAUGCAGCUGGAGCGGAUGGACAAAGAGCUGCGCUCUACCCAGGAGCAGAACACCCUGCUCACUGGCAAGCUACAUAAAGCCGAGAGGGAGAGCAAUGCCCUCAACAGUCAGGUUGAAGGGAUGCGCCACACACAUAAGCUGGAGUUGGCUAAUGUGAAGCUGGAGUGUGUGAAGGCCAGGGGAGAGGUGGAGAGGGAGCGAGACACACUGCAAGCCCGAGUGGAGGGUCUGCAGUGUGAUCUUGAAGUUUUAAAGGCGGCUAUGCAGAGAAAUAAAGAGAUGCUGUCCGAAAAAGAGCGGGAAAUGGUUCGCAGGGUACAAGCAGCAAGAGAGGAUGAAAUACACAAAAUGGCUGUCAUUCAAGAGGAGAAGUUGGAACUGGAGAAUCGACUUUCUGACUUGGAACAGCAGAGAGCCCUGCAGGAGGCCACAGGAAACUCCCAGAAAGAAGAGUGGGAGGAUCGUGUCCGUGCUGCGCAGCUGGGGGAGGAGGCUGUCCGCAAGGAGCUGCAGAAUAUCAGAGCAAAGGUGCAGCAACAGCUACUACAGCUAGAGGAGCUGGAGAGACAGAAGACUGAGAACUCAGAGCUGAGACAACAAAAUACACAGCUGGGUCUACAGAUCAGUACUCUGUCUCAUUCGGAGAGUGAGCUUACAGAGGCCAAUGGUAGGCUGAGAGAGUGUCUAGAAAGGCUGAGAGAGGAACUAAGGAGUGCUCGCACACAAAUGGAAAGGACCCAGCAGGAGGCCGAGAGGCUGGUGGAAGAGAGGCGAGUAGAGUGGUUGGAGGAGAAACACAAACUCCAAGAUAGAGAGGCGGAACUGCACGAGAAGCAUGACCAAGCCAAGGAGCGCCUACAGAGGGCAGCACUUGCUCAAAAGAAGAGAAAGACCAUGACAGAAGCUAAAGAAAAGAAACUGCAGAAUAAGAUACAGCUGCUCGAAGCCAAAAUGGAAGAAUUGGAAAUAGAGGCUCGUGUGGCAAAAAAAAAUUCAUCCUACUCUGAGGAGAACACCCAUCUUAGGAGACGUCUAAAAGAGCUGCAGAGGAGACACAAUGAGUUCCGCAGGCUGUUGCUGGGCAAUCAGAUGAGCUCUACACCUCUCCCCCACUCUCUGCUCAUCCCAGGCCCAGAGUCCAGCUUCUCAAACCUGCAGGAGGAGCAGCACCAAAAGGAGCUGUCCUUGUUGCAGAGGAGACUGGAGGAGCUGGAGAACAGUCAGCAGCAGCAGCUGAAAGAGCUAACCACUCCUCAGGUUUGGGAUAGACAGACUGACGCAGAAAGACUUCCAGGACCACAGGACAGCCUGCCUCACCAUUGAACCUUUGACACUGUGAGACAAGGGCUAUUCAUACUGUGCCAAAGACCAGUCACAACUGGGCUCAAAUGCUGUACUGUUAAUUUUUGAUUCCUCGAUCAAUUAGGAGUUACAGGGAAUUCUUGGAUAAAUAUUUAUUUUUAUAUAGCAUUUGUAAGUGUUACUGUUUUAAUGUUUACAUUUUUAAAACUAUUUUUAAAAAUAUCUCAAUAGGUGCUCUUUUUUUGUAUUAAUAAUAAUCUGAUUUGUACAAUAAAUUGGGGGCUUAUAUUCUAGUAUUUUGUAAUGCAUAUGUCAUUUUCAUGGCAAAUUUUAAUUUAUUGUUCCUGAUAUUGAUAUAGUUCUCAGGUGACAGGUUAUAUUUCUGGGUGUUUCAUACCAUACAUGUUUUAUCAUUUUGAAAUAAGUUCUUUUUUCUAUAUCUCUAUCCUAAUGCAGUCUUUAAUAUAAAGGCCAACUCAUGAUGGAAGCUGAUAAAGGUUGAUCUAAUGUACACAGGAUAGAAGACUCCAGUACAGUUGGUUCACUGACUUUAGAGUGUAAUAGUGAUGCCCAGAGUGAUGAAUUUCCAUUUAAAAUUGAUUGUAAAAUAUAUGGCAUUCUUUUGUCGUC